AUGAGAUGUGUUCACCGCAUUUUGCUUAAGGUGAUGAAGGAAGAAGACAGCAUUUCUGUACACCACAUCGGUAUGCCAAUGAUGUUGUAUCAAAUAACACCUUUCCUCCAUCUCCAUGAAUGCUCUAUACUCCUGAACUGCAAAACCUACACAGCAAGCGAGUAUGGUCCCUACCUCUCCUUUCCACACAAUAACGCUGCACAGCAUCUCUACGCCCCAAAGCGCAGACUCUUUGCAGGCGUCGAGAAAAAGGUGCAGAUCUCAAAAAUAUUUCGCAGACCAGGACCCAAUACAGCCGUGGCCGACGAGAAUGCGACUGAAGAAGAUGCCACAGAAUACGACAACGAUUCAUUCAAUCACGCCGAAUGCGAGGUCACCAAUCACGAUAUCUACAAUUUCCACAACAAUUCCGAUUGUGACGCAACUGUUGACAACAUCGACGUCACCACCAAGGCCAACGACGAAGUAGCUGAAAUUGAGUCAGUCUUCGAAAUGAGGCCGCUUAUUGCAACUUCUAAUCUACGAUGA